AUGCACGAGAGCCUGGUGUUCGAUAGCAAGAAGGUGCCCUGUACAUGCACAAGAACCCUGUGGAGCAUCGUCUCUGGUUGUCUUCUGAUGAUUUUCGCAUGCGUAUACAGUGCCAUCCAUCCCAAUCUUCCGAGUCCUAGGGACAGCCCCAUUCGUAUUUUAGGGCGACGAUUUGGCAUCAUGGUAACGGGGCUAAUCUUUCCUGAACUGAUCGUUGGAUGGGCUAUGCGCCAGUUGCUCUGCGCUCGUCACAUUACAAGACAGUUCAAGAAGCAUUUCAAUUAUGCAUGGACUCAGACUCACAGCUUCUUUGUUCUAAUGGGUGGUUUUAUGCUCUAUCUGCUACGUGAAGGACACAUCGAUGUCCCUGUCCUAACGGCAAAGCAGAUUAAGGACAAGAGCAAAGGGAAUCUGAUCUCAAAAGGAUUGGCCAUCCUUCAGGUGGCCUGGUUUGUUCUGCAACUCAUUUCCCGCGUCAUUUUUCACCUCGAAAUUACCCAGCUUGAAGUGGGGACACUCGCUUUUGCAGUUUUCACUUUCAUCAUCUAUGCUGUGUGGUGGAAUAAACCACUCGAUGUACAAUGUCCUCAUCCAUGA